UCAUCUCAUCGCGGUAUCUUCUGACCUUCUUCACGGCCCGGUCCCACGUCCUGCUGCAGCGACGGGGACCUUGGAUGUGUUUCCAUUAUAGUGGGUGACUGUCUGUCUGUUGGUGCGUCGUGAAGGGACCCAGCCAUGCCCACCACGCUGGAAGUGCCCUCGCUGCAGGAGCUGAGCGUGGAUGAGAUCAAGGUGUCGUCUGCAGUGUUGAAGGCUGCUGCCCAUCAUUAUGGCUCGCAGUGCGACAAACCAAACAAGGAGUUCAUGCUCUGCCGCUGGGAGGAAAAAGACCCCAGAAAAUGUCUAGAGGAGGGAAGGAAGGUUAAUGAGUGUGCGCUCAACUUCUUUAGACAAAUCAAGGGGAACUGUUCAGAGUCCUUCACUGAGUACUGGACCUGCCUGGAUUAUUCCAACUUGACUGAGUUGCGUCGUUGUCGUCAGCAGCAGAAGGCUUUCGACAGCUGCGUUCUUGAUAAGUUGGGCUGGCAGAGGCCUGAGCUGGGCGAGCUGUCCAAGGUGACCAAGGUGGCCACAUCACGGCCCCUACCUGAGAACCCCUUCCACUCUCGUCCUCGCCCGGAGCCAAACCCAGUCAUCGAGGGAAAACUAGAGCCCUCCAAACAUGGCAGCAGGUUGUUCUUCUGGCCCUGGUGAGGCAGCUCCCCUCCUUCAGAACAGCCUGAAUCGCUGGUGCGAUUGUUUAAAGUCUGCGAGGCUGCUCCUGUUCCACCAAGGAAAGAAGGAUCGUUGUGAAAACUUCAUCGCCUUCCACACUUCUGUAAAUGUAAUACCUGAACAAAUCAGCAUUCUGUUAUUAUUGUUGUCAAAUAAUAAAAAAGCAACUAUAAUUUUA